GUUGAAUCUUUGACGGGGAUCACAAAUCCAAUUCAGGCAGGUAGAGAAUUGAUCAGAAAAGGAGUGCGCACAAAAUGGGUCAUAAUCAAAAUGGGUUCAAAGGGAUCGAUUCUGAUUACCCAGUCCAUUAUUUCAUGUGCGCCUGCAUUUAAGGUGAAUGUCGUUGACACUGUUGGGUGUGGAGACAGUUUUACAGCUGCUAUAGCUUUUGGUUUCCUUCAUGACAUGCCUGCAGUCAAUACUUUAGCACUUGCAAAUGCUGUGGGUGCUGCAACUGCUACUGGCUGCGGAGCAGGUCGAAAUGUUGCACAUUUGGACAAAGUUUUAGAACUUUUGAGGCAGGCAGAUCUCAACGAGGAUGAUGAAUUGUGGAAUGAGUUAAUUGAGGGAAAUUUGGAGACAAAAGAAGUUAGACUUCUUUCCAGAACAUCUAUAAAUGGAUGCAGUGGCUGUCUUGUUCGUCAUCCUAUAUAUAGUGUAGUCUCUGAACUUCUAUCAAAAUUUGAGGGAGUAUAUGAAAGAAGCAUCAUGCAUUCUUGAUAUGGAAAAUUGUAUGAACAAAACCCAUCGGAAGAAACUGGUGCUGAUAUAGUCAUUUUUGAUGUUUAGGUUCUAUUUGAAUUUUCUGCCCUCAGGUGUUGAUGACUUGAAAGAGGCCCUGCACAAAGUUGAGUUUCAAGCAAGAGCUAUUAACCUUGCUCGGCUCAAAGAACAUCCAGGUUACAUUGUAUAGUGUUGGUAUUUGCAUUGAUGCUCACUUGAAAACAUUCCUCUCAUAGGAUCAAUGUAAAGCUAAACAAAUUGCUUCCGCAUCAAGAACCGAAGACUAUGUAGGUUCUGUGCGUGCUUCAAACAAUUUUGUGUUCUCCAUAUUACCAAAUCUCUAGAGUCAAUAAUUUUUUAUGGUGAACUACUGAACUUUAUCACUUGCUGCCAUUACUUAACAGUUUUCUAAAUUAUUAUAAUGCAGUUUGCUGAAUGCAAUUGAGCAUUA